AUGAGUGGUCAGGACCCACCCACACUCCUGCAGCUGGCAGUGCAGAGCCUGCUGAAGGAUGAAACCCUGGCCAUCUCUGCUCUGCAGUGCCUGCCCAGGGUGCUGUUCCCACCACUGUUCAAGGAAGCCUUCAACCAGGGACAGAGAAACCUUCUGAGGGCUAUGGUAGCAGUUUGGCCUUUCACCUUCCUUCCCGUGGGGACCCUGAUGAAGACUUCCCACCUGGAGACCUUGCAGGCUGUCCUGGAUGGAGUAGACAUGCUGCGAACACAGAAGGUGCUCCCCAGGAGGGGGAAGCUCCAGGUGCUCGACCUGAGGAAUGUGCAGCACAACUUCUGGGAUGUUUGGGCUGGCACAGAGGAUGGAGAGUGCUCUGCAGAGGCUGUGGGUCAGAAGCGAGCGGUGAAGCGCGCUCCUAGAUACGCCCUGAGGCAGCAUUUGAAGGUGGUCGCAGACCUUUGCCUCAGGUUCCAUCUGAAUGAACACCAAACGUACUUGUUACAGUGGGCCCAGCAGAGGAGAAGCUUCAUAAGGCUGUGCUGUGUGAAGAUGCAGAUCUGGGCAUUGCCCGUGUAUACUGUCAGGAAAGUCCUGAUGGUUUUCCAGCCUGACAGCAUCCAGGAGUUGGAACUGAAUACAGGUUGGAGUCUGUCCACUCUAGUGCAUUUUGUAUCUUACCUGGACCAGAUGAGAAAUCUUCAAAAACUCCUUUUAACACGGAUCCACAAGAACACCUUCAAGGUUCUAAAUACCCCCUCAAACAUACAGAAGUGUAUCACUAAGUUUGUUUCUCAGUUCUCCAAACUCAACUGUCUGCAGCAUCUCUCCAUGAAUGGCGUCUACUUUUCCAGUGAGCACAUGAAACAGUUGUUCAGGUACCUGAAGACCCCUCUGGAGACCCUAUCCAUCACUGUGUGCAAGCUUUCACAGUUAGACUUGAAUUCCUUGUCCCAGAGUCAGAGUCUCCAUCAGCUGAAACACCUGAGUCUGAGGCUUGUGAAAUUAAUGGACCUAUAUCCCGUGCCUUUCCGUGAUUUCCUGAACAGUGUUGCGGGCACUCUGCAGACCCUAGAGCUAGAGGGCUGCUGCAUGGUGGACUCCCAGCUCAUCACCCUCCUGCCUGCCCUGAGCCAGUGCUCCCAACUCACUAGGGUCAAUUUCUAUGACAAUGACAUCUCCAUGGCUGUCCUGAAGGACCUUCUGUAUCACACAGCCAACCUCAACCAGCUCAUUCAAGAGCUGUACCCCGCCCCUCUAGAAUGCUAUGAUGACAGGGGUGAUGUCCGUGUGGGAAGAUUUGCUCAACUUUGUCCUGAGCUUAUGGAUACACUGAUUACUGUCAGGCAGCCCAAGAGAGUCUCCUUUGCUACACAUAUGUGUCACAGAUGUUGUCAGCGCUGUAUCUAUGACCUGGAGACCAGGCUUUGUCAUUGUUGGCGGUAA